AGUACUAGAAGGAACCUGUGCAAUUGACAACCAUCAUUUUUCCGAGUUGGCCUGUCAUGCAAAAGGAGGCACACGGGACUGCGUACCUGGUUGUUUUGAGUUCUACGUGUUAAUACGAAGAUUUCCUUAUCGAUUCCAGGUGUAGACCUAUAUUUUCUCGAUCUUGAAGGUUCUUGAUUUGCCAGAAUGGGGAACCUGAUCAAGGUGUUGACCAGGGACAUAGACAACAAUGCAGGGAAUUUCUUCCUGGACUUUGAGAAUGCCCAGCCUACAGAGGCAGAGAGGGCAGUAUGGGAGCAGGUGAACGAGGUACUGAUGGAGGCUCUGGCUAUCCUAGAUGACCUGCAGUCCUACAACGGAGCAGGAGAAGAGAUACGACAGGCGAUACAGAAUCCAAGUGAGGACCAGGUACAGGAGCGAGCCUGGGCUGCUGUGGUCCCACUGGUCGGGAAACUAAAGAAGUUCUAUGAGUUCUCUCUGAGGUUGGAGGGGUCAUUGCAUGGUCUCCUGAAGGCUCUGACGAGCGCUCGCUGCAGUCCCACCCAGCAUCUGGAGCAGGAGCAGGCAUUGGCUCGACAGUUUGCAGAGAUCCUGCAUUUCACCCUGCGCUUCGAUGAGCUCAAGAUGACGAACCCUGCCAUCCAGAAUGAUUUCAGCUACUACAGGAGAACACUCAACCGCAUGCGCAUCAACAAUGUUGCCGCAGAGGAGGAGAACGAAGUCAACAAUGAGCUGGCCAAUCGGAUGUCUCUGUUCUACGCCAAUGCCACGCCCAUGCUGAAAACGCUAAGCGACGCUACAACAAAGUUUGUUUCAGACAACACAGAUCUACCCAUUGAAAACACAACGGACUGCUUGUGCACGAUGGCCAGCGUAUGCAAAGUCAUGCUGGAAACUCCGGAAUACCGUAGCCGUUUUGCCAGCGAGGAUACUGUGUCCUUCUGUUUGCGUGUGAUGGUGGGAGUGAUCAUUCUUUAUGACUAUGUUCACCCUGCUGGAGCCUUCGUCAAGUCCUCCAAGAUCGAGAUGAAAGGGUGCAUCAAAGUCUUAAAGGAUCAGCCUCAAAGCAGUGUGGAAGGCCUGCUAAAUGCUCUCAGGUACACAACAAAACAUCUGAAUGACGAGACUACCUCCAAGCAAAUCAAAAAUAUGUUGCAAGUUAACUGAGAGAAUGUUUAAAUAGCAUCCAACGUUCUGUAGUUUCUGGAAUAAGGAUGAUCUUCUAUUUCCAGUGAGAGGCACCAUGUUUGGUACUGUUGUAAAGAAAUCAUUCAUGUAACAAGGCCAUAUCAAGUAGCAGCUACUGACUUAGUGUCUCAUCAGCUGGAUGUCUGGACAUUUGUGGAUCAGUAAGGAAAGUCAUUUCACUGGAACAUUUUGACUGAAACAAUAAUCAUUUGUAAUAAUUUCACAGUAUGAGGUACUUUAUUGAAGAAUAUACUGCUCGAGGGACUUAAUUUUAUAUGAUGGCAGCAUAAAUCUUGUAUUAAAAUUUUUACAGGGGGAGUUUUACAGUAUUUGUAUAAUAUAAUGUCAAGUUAUUUUUCAAUGACAAUUCAUGUGAGAGGGAAAGUAAAGCUUUUGUGAUUUUUCUAAA